AUCUCAUCCCUGAGUGUCGGGUAGAAAAGUGUGUGAACCGAGUGCAAAGGGACCGCCCGGAAAGUUAAGGUUAAAGAUUCCGCUUCUGGCCCGAAGAACUGUUAUUUUCGGAAAGUGAAGUUGGUUUCUCUCCUGCCGGAGCCUGGAUUUUCACUGAGGUGCCUGUGCACAAUCCUCCGGCUCUACUCGUUGCUGGUUUGGCGUCUUCCAAAGAAAUUUGGAAGCGCACUUAAUGGAAACGAGGAUUCUCCCACGAGAGAGUGGUGGAGCCUGCUUGUACAAUGAAGAUAGAAACCUGCUUCGAAUCAGAGAGAAGGAAAGACGCAACCAAGAAGCUCACCAGGAGAAGGAGGCAUUUCCCGAGAAGGCUCCCCUGUUUCCAGAGCCUUACAAGACUGCAAAAGGCGAUGAGCUAUCAAGUCGGAUCCAGACCAUGCUGGGUGACUAUGAGGAGAUGAAGGAGUUCCUGAGCAGCAAGUCCCACCCCCACCGCCUGGAUGGCUCUGAAGACAGGCCCGGGAAGCCCAGAUAUCCCUUAGGUCAUGACAGGGGGAACGGGGCUGCAUCCAGCUCCCUCCGCACACAUGUCUACCACCAGCCUAUCCACACUUCUGCUCCCGGAUCACGUCCUGUCGGUAACAUUAGCCACAGUCCAAAGAUGGCACAGCCAAGGAUGGAGCCAAGUCUCCACACCAAAAUCUAUGAUGGCCCACGUCUGACUCAAGACCACCUCAGUCAGGGACAUUGUUCCAGAAAGUGUGACCGAAGAGCUGAAGGAGACUCUGCUCCCGAGAGGAAGCUCUCGCCCUUGAUCUCCUCUUUGCCAUCCCCGGUGCCCCCUCUAUCACCUGUACAUUCCAGGCUGCAGGGAACCAGCAAGGCUCACAGCAGUGGCGUUAGCAGUAAAAGCUGCUGUGUGGCCAAGUCUUCCAAGGACUUGGUGGCGAAGGCCCAAGAUAAAGAGACUCCUCAUGACGGUUUGGUGGCAGUUACCAGCCUUGGAUCAGCCCCUCCUCAGCCACCUUGCCAGACAUUUCCACCCCCUCCUCUCCCCUCAAAAAGUGCUGCAAUGCAGCAGAAGCCCACGGCAUAUGUCCGUCCCAUGGACGGUCAGGAUCAGGCUCCCAGUGAGUCCCCCGAGCUGAAGCUGCCACUGGAGGACUAUGGUCAGCAAAGCUUUGAGAAACCAGACCUUAAAGUGCCUGCCAAAGCCAAGCUCACCAGACUAAGGAUGCCCUCUCAGUCGGUGGAGCAGCCGUACUCCAAUGAAGUCCAUUGCGUUGAAGAGAUUCUGAAGGAAAUGACCCACUCGUGGCCACCGCCUCUGACAGCCAUACACACACCCAGUACAGCCGAGCCGUCCAGAUUUCCUUUCCCCACAAAGGACCCUCUGCACGUCAGUCCUGCAACCCAGAGCCAAAAACAAUAUGACACGCCUUCAAAAACCCACCCCAAUCCCCAGCAAGGAACCUCCAUGCUGGAGGACGACCUGCAGCUCAGCGACAGUGAAGACAGCGACACGGAGCAAGCCACAGAGAAGCCUCCAUCCCCACCUGCACCUCCCAGCGCUCCGCAGACACUUCCCGAGCCCGUGGCCUCAGCACAUUCCAGUAGUGGGGAGUCAGAGAGCAGCGAGUCAGACAGUUCCUCAGACUCUGAGAGUGAGAGCAGCUCCAGCGACAGCGAGGAGGAGGAAGAGAACGAGCCCCUGGAGACCCGGGCUCCCGAGCCCGAGCCUCCGACGACAAACAAAUGGCAGCUGGACAACUGGUUGACCAAAGUCAACCAACCCUCAGUGCCCCUGGAUGGCCGGGGGAGCACAGAGUCUCCACAAUGGCGCCAGGAAAGUAAGGGUGUCGCUGAGGGCAGCAGUGACCAGCAGCAUCCUGAUUCCAAAGACCCUCUCCCAAAGAGCUCCAGCAAGACUCUCCGGGGUCCCUCUGAGGGGCCCCAGCCUGGGAAGAGGGGCUGUCCGAAAUCCCCCGCUCAACAGGAACCCCCACCUCGGCAAACCGUGGGCAGCAAACAACCCAGGAAACCCGCCAAGGGCUCCGGCCAGGCAGAGCCCCAGGCCAGCUCGCAGGCAGAGAGUGAAGUAGGACCCCUUCCCUACGGCUCAAAGGAGCAGACUUCCAAAGACAGACCCAAGGUGAAGACGAAAGGCAGGCCGCGUGCCGUGGGCAGUCGGGAGCCUAAGCCAGAGGUCCCUGCGCCCACGCCUCAGGCAGCCGUGCCCAGACCGAAGCCGCCUGUGCCCACCCCCAGUGAGAAGAGGAAGCACAAGAGCUCCACGGCCCCCUCCAAGGCGCCCUCAGCCCCCCAGCCUCCGAAGGACAGUGCUGGGGACAGGAACCCAGAACACUCUGCUCUUGUCUCCUUGACUCAGAGCCAGGGUCCAUCCCACAGCAGCAGGGGCAGCAGUGGCAGCGUCAGGACUAGUGGCUGCCGACAGGCUGUGAUUGCCCAAGGGGACGGCUGUAAAGACAAGCUCCUGUUGCCUUUGAGAGACACCAAAUUGCUCUCGCCGCUCAGGGACUCCCCACCACCGACAAGCUUGGUGGUGAAGAUAACCCUAGACCUCCUCACGAGGAUUCCCCAGCCUCUGGGGAAGGGGAGCCGCCCCAGGAAAGCAGAAGACAAGCAGCUGUCAGCAGGGAAGAAGCAGGACUCGGAGACCAAGAGCUGUGACAGCUCCAGCAGAGUGACCAAGAAGAGAAAGGGUGACCCAGAAAAAGAGCACAGUAACAAGAGACACAAACUGGAUAAGUCGCAGACUGCGUCAUCUUCAUCUUCCCAUACAGAAUCUUCCAGAACAAAAGCGCCCAGGUCCUCCUCAGAGAACUCAAGAAAGGAAAUGCUGCCUCCAGCAUCGGCGUCCUCAGUCUCCUCUUCCUCAUCCUCCCAGAAGCCAAGCAGACCUGCACAGAAGAGGCCAAGGCCAGACGAAGACACGUGUAGCCAGGAACCCCCCAGAAGUGCCAGCAGCACAAAGAGCAGCUCUACAGACCCUCCCGCUCCCAAGCACAGAAAAGUACAGGCCAGGGGCUCUGAACACAAGGGAUCUUCUGGGGAUGCUGCGAAUGCUGCAAAUCCUUUUCCAGUGCCUUCUUUGCCGAAUGGUAACGCUAAACCAGGGAAGCCACAGGUGAAGUCUGACAGACAACAAGCUGACUUUCACAUGAAGGAGGCUAAAAAGCUGAAGUGCAAAGCAGAGACAAUGGUAGACAAGGCUGGAAAAGCCUUCAAGUAUUUGGAAGCCGUCCUCUCUUUUAUCGAGUGUGGAAUGGCCUCAGAGUCAGAAAGCUCAGCCAAGUCGGCGUACGCUGUGUACUCAGAAACCAUAGACCUCAUUAGGUAUGUGAUGUCACUAAAAUGCUUCUCAGAUAACACGAUGCCAGCACAAGAGAAGAUAUUUGCUGUUUUAUGCUUGCGUUGCCAGUCCCUUUUGAACAUGGCGAUGUUUCGAUGUAAGAAAGACACAGUGAUGAAGUAUUCUCGUACUCUCAGUGAACACUUCAAGAGUACUUCCAAAGUGGCCCAGGCACCUUCUCCAUGCACGGCAAGAAGCACAGGCGUUCCGUCCCCCCUCUCCCCAAUGCCUUCUCCUGCCAGCUCCGUGGGGUCCCAAUCAAGUGCUGGCAGCAGUAUGGGGAGCGUCGGGGUGACGGCCACCGUCAGUACUCCAGUCUCCAUCCAGAACAUGACCUCCUCCUAUGUCACCAUCACAUCCCAUGUCCUUACGGCCUUUAGCCUUUGGGAACAGGCCGAGGCCCUCACAAGGAAGAACAAAGAAUUCUUCGCUCAGCUCAGCACAAAAGUGCGUGUGUUGGCCCUCAACAGCAGCCUGGUGGACCUGGUGCACUACACAAGACAGGGCCUGCAGCGGCUAAAACAGUCACCCAAAGGCCCCUAACGUAGGCCGGACCUACUCCUGCCUCGGAGUGUCUCUGCACCAUUGGAAGCCAUGAUCCAGUGCAGACAACGACUGUCAGAUCGGAAUGUCAGUACUCAACAAGAGAAGCACCCGAGAGAUGGCCGGGAUGCUUGUCCACUUAAACUCACAACAGCUGUGUGGUCAUCGCUCAGCGCUGGUCAUCUGAGCAGAUGCUGCAAGAUGGCCUUGCCUUUGCCAACCGGAGGACAAGUACAACGGAGCCCCACUGGCGUAUGAAUGGUCUAGAAACAUUUCUGGUUUUUUUCUGUUUGUUUGGGCGAUAGGAUAAAAAUUGCAAAUGAGAGGAAAAUUUCAGCAAACUCUUGUCAUCUCAGAAGCCAUCCUAGUUUGCAUCCGGAAGGAAUUUUUUUUUUAAAUAAUAAUAAUUUCUGGUGAAGGGCUUUAAAGAUUUUGUUUUCUUUUCAAGUUUUAAAGAAUACAUUGUUUGAUACAUUCUGAUGGCCAUCUGUGGAACACACCUUGUGAAGGACUCCAUUGCACUCCCCUUACUGCAGGGAAGGGGCUCUGAUGACAGAGUACUGAUAUUUACAGAAUUGAAGGUGACAACCCCACUCCCCAGUGCCUAGAGUGCUGCACAUUGUCUAGCUCUGGUCUCUCUGGCUGUCCUGAGAAGAAUCCCUAGUCAGUCCUAUGGGGGAGUGGCAGCAUUUGGAUGCGGGUUCUAUCUCACAGUCUUCCCCACAACCCUAGAGGCCUAACACUUCCUCCUGACACACGCCACCAAAGGGACUGGCUAAGCAGCAUUGACCUUGGGCGAACACAGGAGCCUCAUGUUGACUUUGGGCUGUAGGCAGAUGCAGUUCAUCAUCUGUCUGCUGGAGCUGGAGUCCCGGGCACUGACAGUGCUGUGGCUACCCUGUGUAUCAGUGAGCGAAAGUGAGAAGUCUUCCUAGAGAGGUAUUUUUCUGCUACAAGUGUUUUAUAUUUAUAGCAAAACUCAGCUUUCUAUCCAGGAUAUCCUUGGCUAUCCAGGGGACAUUAGCUCCUGGAGAGGAUGUGGAGUUUGGGGGGGGGGGCAGGAUUAACUUCAACUUUAAAAAACACCCCACUAUCAUACACCUUCAGUCCAGACCAUCUUCUAAGGUAUCGUGACUUGAUGAGGUUGAAGAAGAUCUGUGACCUUCCCAGGCUACACCCCACCCACAGUAGACCAGGUUCACUUAGAUGGGAAGUGAAGAAUACACUCAGAAUUCACACCUGCCCGUAAACACAGGCCUUUCCUUGAGACUUCAAGGUUACUACUGGAAUACUCUCAAGUGUUUUUAAAAAGCCAGUUCUUUUUAAUCCCUUCUAGAAAGAAAGUAGAAUUUGCACAUGUUCACCAUGGAGGUGUGUUACGGCUCCCCCUGCCUCUCUUUCCUGCCAGCCAUGCUUGUCUGUGUGCAUUUGGAGAUUAGUGGAGAUGGGAGACCCAUCUUUCCUUAGUGAUGAUGUCUGUGGUCCUUGUGGUAACAUCAGGACUUUCUUGGUACCUUGGUUAAAUCUACACAGGGUCUCUAGGUGAGUGCGAUACCAGGUUUUUCAGGGCAAACUGUCUGUGAUACUCCUUGGUCUUCUCAGCCUUCUCUCCUGGUUUGAAUGAAGCCAGAAAAUGGCUACCUUGUACAUAUCUGAGUAUAGACCAAGACGGUGAUCCAGCUAAGCCCUUUUCUUUAUUGAUAUUCUGAAGCCAAGCCAUGUCUGACUGAGUCGAAGUGUAUGGUAGGUGGUCCCUAGCACAGUGGGGCUUGUGGGCUCAUCAGGAUCUUUUCUCCCACAGCCCUGCAUCCCUUGCAGCCUGUUGGUUGUAAAAUGGCUAUGAUCCUUGUGAGAGGUUCUGGCCUACUGAAGUUUUGCCAGAGCAUGUGUACAUCCUGCCAGCAGAUCACUGUGCCCCUUGCCUGGACAGAAUCAGCCAGUGUAGGAAGAACAGGCUGCCUCAUUCUUUAAUGGGUGGGUUUUCUCCUCAGUUUUAUUUGUACCUUGAAAACCAAUGCAGUUGGACAGGAUCCGUUUGUGCCAGUUUGGUCUGUAGCUAUUGCACUGCUGGUUUUCCCACAACACUGCACCUAGAGAGCAUGAGCCUUGUCUGUCUUCUUCAGGGGAAAACCCCAGGGCUGUUCUGCGCUGCUUAUUGUAAAACCCCGAAGACUCAAAUUUUAUACCAUCUGCACAGUUCACUGUGUGCUUAAACUUACCAGAGGCAAAUUUUCCCCUGAGGUGAUUAUUUUGGGAGGACUAUAACAUUAGCCCCUUUGAAUAUCUGAUGUUCUUAAAACCAUGGAAGAGCAUCCACCUUAUGGGGGGGGGCAGCAUUUAAUGAAUGAAUCUUCCAUUUGCCACUACAAAGGGUGUGUGUGGCCCAUCUGUCUGGGACACAAAGUAGAGGAACACAAUAAUGUUUUCUCUUUUGGAAAAAAUUAAAAUUAGAUACAUGUAAAAAACCCUGUUACUAAAACAGGUUGCCCUUGGUUAAGGUGCCUAGAGGGCAGACCACAUGGCAGUAGGGAGGAGCAGGAGGGCCCAGCAAGUGCUUGCUAAUGGUCCCUUACAAAGUGACAUUUAUUUUGUAGAGGUUCUGACAAAUGUCUAUCCAUUCCCUGGACCACCACCACCCAGCCUCAUCUGUAGGAAGUUUCAAACGGGCUCUUCCCCAUCUUAAUUGAAAAUGUGCCUUUACUAUGUUGAUGUUAGGGACAGGACCUUAAGUCCUACGAUUCCUGUUUGGUAACUUAUAAAAGGACUUGUGCUCUUGAGCUGUGGUCUCUGAUGCAGAAGAUGAGAGAUUCAGCUAGACGUAUUUGUGCCUUUGCUGACCAAACAUAAAUUCUGAAGUUACGCUGUUUGUUUUGCUGUGGCUUUGAGUGGGUUCAUGGGUUUUAUAUGUUUCCUUUCCUGCUUUGUGAAAUUCGAGAUGAGUUGGGCUUAAAAAAUAUUAUAUAUAUCUAAGAUCUUUCCAUACCUCUUACAGAUUCUUUUUCUUCUUAAUGACUUAUUUCCCCCAACACUACGAAAUGUCUUUGAAAAUUUACCACUUCAUCUGUUACCUUCUUCAUCAAUGGUUAGUAUUUAAAUCGCCUCAGAAUGUUUUAGGGGCUCCUGUCUAAAACACAGAAGUGUAGGUUUUUCUCAUUGAAGAAUGAGCUAUGGAGAUGCGAGGAUCAAUUUUGAUGCCCCCCUCCCCCUGCCUCUUUCCCCUGGUUUUGGCUCAUUUGGAACUACUGGGCAAGAGGACUUUUCCUGUGGAAGGGAAGUGUAAGGACAGACGGGCAUGUGUUGGGAUUUUGGGAUUUCUGCCAGGCGAUCCUCCAUAUGCAGUCCAGUUUCCCACUUACUGAGAGCAGCUGUCUGGUAGCCGUGCCUCUUACUGAUGCAUUGACAAGCACCGCAUCACCACAUUUCUUUGAGCGACUGUAAAAUUUCCUGGUUCCUUGGGGGUGAAUCACACUCUGUUCUGUUCCGCUGUGCGUCAGACAUCAGCAGUUACUGUGGUGGGCAGAGAAGUGCCUCUUUCCCUACCUAAGAGGGAGCCAGAGGACAGGAAGGAAGCGUAGAGCUCUCUGCAAGCCUGUAUAUUGCUAUAUUUGUCCCCAUAGGACACCGGAUUGAGGCUGGCGGCAGGCAAGCCGGGCUGCACUGUUGAGCUGGGGCGGGGGGAGGGGGGCAGAGGCUGACCUAAGGAAGAUGAACUCACUUUGCUUAGAUGUUUUAGCAAUGCUCAGUACAGGCAGUAUUACGUUUGCCUUUCAUUCAGGCCAUGACAUGUAUUGCUAAGAACACUGCACAUCUCAUGAUAUCGCGGGUACACUGUUCGUGGUGGGGUGUGUCCAUGUGUGUCCCGAAUUUUAAUUUUUUUCUGAAUGUGAUCAUGCUUUGGAUGAUACCUGAGCAGGGUUGCCUUUUUUUUUUAAUUUAUUACCAUUAUAUAUUAUAUUAUAUAUUAUAUAUUUUCUUUCUUAAAAUGUUAGAAGUCAAAUCUUGGUAUUAAAAUUGCUUUAAAAAGGAGUAUGUUGUCAAGGUGAUAAUGAGAAUCACUGGUCUGCCUUUAAUGAGUUUUUCUUUAUCAUGGAAUAAUGUGCCAGCUCUGAUCAGCACAGUGGUUUUGUGUGCAGGCUGGGGAAGCAGCCAGGCUCCCGGUGAAGAUGCGCAGUGCAAAUACGGGGAGCACCACAGAUGUAAAAAUCAGCAUCAGCAGUGGAACGGCACCCCUGGGGCUUCUGUGAAUGGGGUUCAUCUGCCUCAUGGGAGACUCUGAAAGGGGGCAGACGUGAUCUGUGAGAGUUUUUUUUAAAAGAAACUGCAAAAGAUCUUUCCAAAGAUGAUGUGCCACAGAUCUUUUGUUUUUCUCUGUAACAAGGACUAAGUGCUGUCUUAGAAAAGGUAAUUGACUUGUUCAUCUUCACAAUCUUUCCUUUCCACAAGAUCAAACUGUAGGGAAAAAAAAGGAUAUUUAAUAAAAAUUUAGAGAAAUGAUUGGA